GGGCGGGUUCCCAUCGCAACGACAGUUGCUGAGUGCUUGUGUUGGCAGUUGGGACGUCGAGGCCGUCGUGGCGUGUUGUCGGGGGCCACUCGGGACCAAUUUUCAAGACAGCUUUGGCUUGGACGUCUCGUCCCACCGCGCGGCUCCGGACCUUGAGUGAUUAUUACAAUGGAAGAAACCAAUAAUUUCAAGACACCAAGCAGAUUAUCUGAAAAAAAGAAAUCUGCAUUGUGUUUAACUCCAUGCAUAAAUAUUCCUGCCUCUCCGUUUAUGCAGAAGCUUGGCUUUGGUACUGGGGUAAAUGUCUACCUCAUGAAAAGCCAGUCUUCCAUCUUCAGAAGCUGGGGGAUACAGGAUGGGCGACUGCCUGCUGAUACAGAAUUGAGGAUCGUAUCUAGGAAUGCACCUGCUUUUAAAACAACUUUCAAGAAGUUCAUUGGGCCUGUUAAAUCUCCAAGAGGUUUGUCUCAUUCUCCUUGGGCUGUGAAAAAGAUUAAUCCUAGAUGUAAUGAUGAUUAUCAGAGUAUGUAUCAAAAGAGACUAACUGAUGAAGCUAAGAUUUUGAAAAGCCUUAAUCAUCCAAACAUUAUAGGUUACCGUGCUUUCACUAAAGCUAGCGAUGGUAGUCUAUGUCUUGCUAUGGAAUACGGAGGUGAAAAGUCUCUGAAUGACUUAAUAGAAGAACGAAAUAGAGAUAGCCGAGAUCCUUUUCCAGCAGCCAUAAUUUUAAAAGUUGCUUUGAAUAUGGCAAGAGGGUUAAAGUAUUUGCACCAAGACAAGAAACUGCUUCAUGGAGAUAUAAAGUCUUCGAAUGUUGUUAUUAAAGGUGAUUUUGAAACAAUUAAAAUCUGUGAUGUAGGAGUCUCUCUACCAUUGGAUGAAAAUAUGACCGUGACUGACCCUGAGGCCUGUUAUAUUGGCACUGAGCCUUGGAAACCUAAGGAAGCUCUGGAGGAGAAUGGUAUUAUUACUGACAAGGCAGACAUAUUUGCCUUUGGCCUUACUCUGUGGGAAAUGAUGACUUUAUCUAUUCCACACAUUAGUCUUCCAGAUGAUGAUGAUGAUGAAGAUAAAACUUUUGAUGAAAGUGACUUUGAUGAUGAAGCGUACUAUGCAGCCUUGGGAACCAGGCCGCCUGUUAAUAUGGAAGAACUGGAUGAACCGUACCAGAAAGUAAUUGAGCUCUUCUCUGUGUGCACUAACGAAGAUCCUCAAGACCGCCCUUCUGCUGCGCACAUAGUUGACGCCUUGGAAACGGAUGUCCUGUGAUCACCUCAUGCUCAUGACUACUGGAGCUUCAAGUAUAGCUCGUGUGUAUAGCUGUUCUGUUUACCAUUUACAUUUAUAUAGUUAUUAUGAUGACCCAUAAUUAUUAGACUUUUCAGAAGUAGCCUAUUUUAGGACCAUAGAUAGCACCUUUUUAACAUUUGAACGACUAUUUCUAUUAUAAAGGUAUGUCGUGUAUGCUUAUGCUAAUAAGCAUUUGAGAUUGUAGAGGGUUUUCUAUAAAGUUUAAGAAACUAGCUACUCAAGUAGUUGAACUUGUUUAUACAGAUUUAAAGUAAAGUGCUGUACACUCUAACAUUAAUUUGCAUUGAGUGACUAUUACUUUUAUUAAUGAUCUUUCUCAGAUAUUCUCUAUUUUAAUGGGUCUACUGAAAUUAGCACUUUGUGUAUUGCAAUAUAGGUCUACAUUUGCUUAUCUUUUAAAACAUUAAACCUUUUGCUGGCCUUUCUUGGCUAAUGUGCUUAUUAAAUAAGGUCACUGAGACCAGAGACCUGGGAUAUGGCUCAAAAGAGUAGCUCCUUGGAUAUUUCUACACAUUUUUGGUUAAGGCUUUUCUUGCUCUCUUGGCUCCAGCCAUAUCUUUGGGUUUUGCUUUAAUUUAUUAAAUGUAUUUUCUGUACUGAUAUCUUUAAAAUUUUUUUAAUUUACUAAUCUGUACUUAAGCAUAUCACAGUAUUGGUGUAAAAAUAAAACUCUAAUAGAACAAUAAAGAGUAAAGGACACUUUAGUUACCA